AUGGAUGCCCACGGCAUCUGGCCUCCUCUUCUCGACAUCACUGAUUCUUACUUCUCUAAUCGCGACCAAGCACUUGCUCUCGCUUACGCGGCCUACACCCUGCAGACGGCAAAGUUCCAGCAGCCGAUCAUUAUACUACAUGGACUGCUUGGCAAUAAACGCAAUUGGAGGUCAUUUGCAAAUGAUCUCAUCCGGAAUAAUUUCGGCCAAAUUUUCUGUGUGGAUUUGCGCAACCACGGUGACAGUCCACACUCGCAGGAUUUCAAUUAUCUGACGAUGGCGGACGACCUUGUAAGGUUUAUCCACGACAGGCAACUCUCCAACGUUUCUCUCAUAGGUCACAGUAUGGGUGGCAAGGUAGCUAUGGUCACAGCCCUUCGUGAGCCUUCAUUAGUGAAUCGCCUGGUCGUUGUGGACAUCGCCCCAAUUUUCUCAGCAAAUGUUUCGGGGAUCGACAAAUGUAUUAGUCUGAUGAAAGAGGUAAACCUAAAAACGCGUUUCGCCCAGGCUAACGGCGAUGUAUCCGUCCUCCGCCUGAAGCUAAUGCGGGAGUGGGCGGAGGAAAAUCUCGCACCGAGCCUGCUCUCGUUUAUCCUGAGCAAUCUCAGGGAUAGAGACGGCAAACCCAUCUGGAAGGUUAAUGUCAACGCUGUUGCAGAGAACUUGGACGAGAUCAUGGGCUUUCCGUACACUCUUGAUGACACUAUUUCCUACAACGGACCGUCCCGCUUCAUUGCUGGUCAACGUUCGUCUCAUAUAAAACCGGAAACCAUGAACGAAGUGAAUCACUUCUUCCCCCGAGCCGAGCGUAUCGAAAUUCCUAAUGCUGGACACUGGGUCCACACAGACGCGCCCGGUCCCCUAUGCGACGCCAUCUCCUCUUUCCUCCGAUAA